UCAAGAUCCAAAAAAUGUCAUAAAGUGAGGUUACAGUGAAGAAAAUAAAGCAUGGAGACAAACAAGACAAGUUACAAUAAUAAUUUUAACAUUUUGAUUACACGUGAGUUUUAAAACAUAGGAUGACUUUAAACGAGAUGGAAUUUGCAUCUAGAACAAUUAGAACUAUAGACGAAGGCGAAGAAGUUGAGAACUAUUCAGAAAGUUCUGAUGAAGAAGUGGAUUUUCAACCUUCCAAACAAAAAAAUAAGAAGAGAGCUGAUUUUGAUACAGAGUUUAAAUUUGGUGAUACAAAUGAGGAUUACAACAAGGACACUUGGAAUGAUUUAGGAAAGUACGUUAAAAGGAAAGGUUCUUUAAAAACAGAUGAUCGUAUAAAAAAAGUAAGAGCAAACAUAAAAAGUAGUAAUGGUGAGUGUGAAGCUGAGAACGAUAUAGGAAAGGGCACUGAAAAGGAUGAUAUAUCUUUUAUGAAUAUAUCUGAUGAUGAACUUAAAAAUGACAACAUUAAAACUAAAGAAAAGAAAGGUAAAAAAAGAAAAAAAGAUAGAAUAGACCAAGAAGAAGAAUUUUUUGAAGAAGUUACAAAAAGUUCAGGAGAUGUAAGUUUUUAUCAAAUGAACCUAUCUAGGCCUCUUUUAAAAGCAAUUACAGACAUGAAUUUUGUAAAUCCAACACCAAUUCAAGCUGCUACUGUACCUGUGGCACUUAUGGGUCGUGAUAUUUGUGGAUGUGCAGCAACUGGAACUGGAAAGACAGCAGCAUAUAUGCUACCAACUCUUGAAAGAUUAAUGUACCGUCCAGCAGGUGAAGCUCCAGUAACAAGAGUACUUGUAUUAGUUCCCACUCGAGAAUUGGGUGUACAAGUUUACCAAGUUACAAGGCAACUUAGUCAGCAUAUCAACUUAGAGAUAGGUCUUUCAGUGGGAGGUUUAGAUUUAAAAACUCAGGAAAAUGUACUGCGCAAAAAUCCUGAUAUAAUAAUAGCGACUCCCGGUCGUUUAAUAGACCAUAUCUACAGCACUCCAAACUUUACAUUGGAUUCAAUUGAAAUAUUAAUACUAGAUGAAGCUGACCGAAUGCUGGAUGAAUAUUUUGCCGAACAAAUGAAGGAAAUUAUUAAUAAAUGCUCAAGAACCCAUCAGACCAUGCUUUUUUCUGCAACCAUGACUGAUGCAGUACAGGAUUUGGCAUCAGUGUCUUUGAAAAAACCUGUUAAAAUUUUUGUAGACAGUAAUAAACAGGUUGCCUUUAAUUUAAGGCAAGAAUUUGUAAGAAUUCGAGCUAAUAAGGAGACAGAUAGGGAGCCCAUCUUAGCUGCUUUAGUCUGCAGAACCUUUCACACAAAUUGCAUGGUUUUUGUUCAAACUAAAAAGCAGGCUAGAAGAUUGCACAUUCUUUUGGGUCUUUUAGGAAUUCGAGUAGGUGAACUUCAUGGAAAUCUCACGCAACCUCAAAGAUUGGAAGCUCUGGAAAAAUUCAAGAAAAAAGAAGUCGACGUUUUAGUUGCCACCGACGUUGCAGCUCGUGGUUUAGACAUCGCUGGGGUAGAAACAGUAAUUAAUUUUGUAAUGCCUGCAACCCUUGAACACUACAUUCAUCGGGUGGGUAGAACAGCUAGAGCAGGUCGAGUCGGAAUUUCGGUUAGUUUGGCAGGAGAAAAAGAAAGAAAAAUUGUCAAAGACGUUGUUAAAAAAGCGAAGCGGCCCGUUAAAAGUCGGGUAAUCCCAAGUGAAAUUAUCGAUAAAUAUAGGACAAAAUUGGAAAAACUUGAACCCGAAAUCGAAAGAAUAUUACAAGAAGAAUAUGAAGCGCGUUUAUUGGCUAAAACUGAAAAUCAAUUUAAUAAAGUUCAAAAUAUGAUGAAAGGAGAAAAGCAAGAAAAGAGACCGUGGUUUCAGACGCAACGUGAAAAGAAAAAUGAAAAAGAAAGAUUAGCUCUUGUACCAGCAAACACCACUGCUAAAACAAUAAAUAAAGGAAACAGAAAGAAGAGAAAAAUUGUCGGGGAAAAUCCAGAAGAACGUAUAAACAAUGAAGUGAACAAAGUAGCUCUAUUACAGGCCAGACUUUCAAAAAGAAAAAGCAAACCGAAAAAGAUACGAACAUGUGAUAACACUCAGUCGUUACAUCAACAAAGCAAAAAGAAAAAAGCGUCAAAUUUUACUACCGAUAUUUGUGACGUUUCGAAAAAGAAUACUAAAAUGCUUAGAUAUGAGGUAAAAAAGCAUAAUAAGGAGAAAAACAGAAAACAGGUCAACAAACAAAAAGGAAAAGCAUUUGGUAAGCCAAAAGCUAAGAAACAAAAAAGUAAAUUUUAAGAAAACUGUCGUAUA